UAUGGCAACCCUGGCUGCAGCGCGGACCAGUGCGGGCGAAGGACGGCGACGGCGCAUCGGGCUUUCUGCGGCUGCCGCCAUAUAUUUUUCGUGCUAAUUAUGAUGGCGAAUGUAUCGACACACGGAUAUUACAACUAGCUUCACCAGAACCAACACGGAGGCCGUACUUAUCGUUUGUUGAUCGUCGAUUAUUGGACCCGAGUGUGCGGAUCUGUAGGAAACUGAGCGGGUAAGUGGAGCUUAGUCUGCUUAGCAGCAGUCCGCUAGGCUCCGGAAAAGGAGCGCCAGGGAGGGAGCCUCUUCCUUCACCGCCAUUUUGUGAUAACAAGAAGCCGAAACGGAGCCAGUAUUUACACGCUGUUCGGCUUGAACACUGACCAACUUGUUAAGCUAUACGAGUUCAGAAUGACCGAGGAGCCUCUUCCGAAGAAGGUUCGCCUCAGUGAAUCCGACAUGAAGACCCUGACCAGGGAGGAACUGUGUGUCAGGUGGAAACAACAUGAAACCUAUGUCCAGGUCCUCGAGGCAAAAUAUGCAGACUUGAGUUCCAACGAUGUGACGGGGCUGAAGGAGUCUGAGGAGAAGCUGAAGCAGCAGCAGCAGGAGUCUGCACGCCGGGAGAACAUCCUGGUCAUGAGACUUGCCACGAAGGAGCAGGAGAUGCAAGAAUGCACGACCCAGAUCCAGUACCUCAAGCAAGUCCAGCAGCCCAGCGUCGCCCAGUUGCGAACGUCCAUGGUGGAUCCGGCCAUCAACUUGUUUUUCCUCAAAAUGAAGGGCGAACUGGAACAGACUAAAGACAAACUGGAGCAGGCCCAAAAUGAACUGAGUGCCUGGAAAUUUACACCUGAUAGCCAGACGGGCAAGAAGCUGAUGGCCAAGUGUCGAAUGCUGAUCCAGGAGAACCAGGAGCUGGGCCGCCAGCUCUCACAGGGACGCAUCGCCCAGCUGGAGGCUGAGCUGGCCCUGCAGAAGAAGUACAGCGAGGAGCUCAAGGGCAGCCAAGACGAGCUGAAUGACUUUAUCAUCCAGCUGGAUGAGGAGGUGGAGGGCAUGCAGAGCACCAUCCUGGUGCUGCAGCAACAGCUAAAGGAGGCCCGGCAGCAGCUGUCAGCCGGCGCCCCGGCCGCCGCCGCCACCGCCCCUAGCAGGCUGUCCCCCUGCGCCUCCCACUCCUCCGCAGAGAACUCUGGCCAGCAGCCCCCCACGCCCUCCGAUUCCCUGGGCAAAGACUAUGGGGGCCGAGUCUCCAACGGACCCAGCAACGGCAACUCCUCCCAGCGCAGCGACACGGCCACGCCCAGCCUGUACCGCGAGGUCAGCAGCACGGAGGAGGACUUCCCCAUGUCCCCCGCCGCCUCCAGCCCCGGCGAGAGCGAGGCCAAGCGGCCGCGGCGCUCAGAAGACGCCCCCGGGAGCCAGGCGGGGGGAGGAGGAGGACGGGCGGGCGGGUUCGGCAGCCAGCUUAGCGCCGGGUACGAGAGCGUGGACUCGCCGACGGGCAGCGAGACGUCCCUGACCCAGCACUCGAACGACACGGACUCCAACACGGACCCGCAGGAGGACAAGGCUGCGCCGGUGGUCAAGGGGAGCAGGACUGCGGGGUCGCGGCACGCUCAGAAUGGCCUGGGCGCGGGCGCGGGCGGCGGUGCGGUUUUGUAAUGUUCAGUAUGUACUUUGUAUACACAUCUUAAGGUCCUUAUUUCUUUUUUUUUUUAAUACAAAACAUGAUCACAAAGGCUUAGUAUGCAACAGUGCUGUUGUCCAGGAAACGACUCCGUUUGCACCCGCUCCUCCUCUUCUUUAGUGAGGCCUCUGCCCUGUUUUGGUUGUUCAGCAGGAAUGUUACAUGAUAUGGUAAUGUUGGUCAACUCAAUUUGAGCAGGUGUAUGUUCAAGGUUAGAUUUUAUUUUUUUCCUCUAUUGCUUGAUUAUCUGAAAAUGCAUAUGCUUAUCUGAAAAUCAAAACGGCGUAACCCAUUGUUAAUAAGUCUGCAAGUGACCAUUUCACUAAAUCACAGUAACUUUGCAAAGUUAAUUUUUUUCUUUUUUUUAAGAUGUUUGUUCUUUUUACUUUUUUUUUUUAAGGAGUUUCCUGUUGAAUAGAUUCUGUUUGACUCGUGUGUUAGUUUAUAUGCAAAGUACCUUGUUCAUAUUAUUCUGACUUCAAUCCUUUUCAUGUAUUGACCAAAUAUCAAUAAAUACUUUUAAUAGU